AUGUUGCGUCGCACAAGAAGAGCGUCAAACGCUUGCUCCUGGUGCCGUCAUCGCAAAGUGCGCUGCGAUGCAUCAAUCCUCGGCUCUCCGUGUACCCGGUGUCGACAAGACGGUCGCAGGGAAUGUAAUCUUCGCGCUAAGAAUCCUAAACAGUCCCCAAUUUCGACAAAUCCGGUGCUUCCCACGCAUCAAAGUUCAGGGUCAAACAGCGUGAUCACUAGCCGACACUCCAACGACCUGCGCCAGUCAAAUGAUCAUCCAACUCUUACCUUACAGUCCCGAGCACAUGGUCUCAGUUUGGAUGACCGUGGCACAAGCCCAGCCCAAUCUCCCAAUGUUCCAUAUACUGAAUACGCCUUUGUCGACUCGCAACAAUUGCUGUCGCUCCCCUCCGAAGAAGUAGCAUUUCUCACAUCCCAAGACUGCUUGAGCUUGCCAGCCUCUAAUGCUAUGGAUGAAUUUGUCCAAGAGUACUUCAAGCGCAUUCACCCCUCGAUACCUGUCUUAGACGAGGCUGAGUUCUGGCGCAUUUAUCGAAACAACCAAUCUACCGAUCCCAAAAUAUCUCUUUUAGUGUUACAAUCAUUGCUUUUAGCAAGCUGCCCGCUACUAUUCGAACUGAGAACCGAAAAACGACAUCAUACAACUGCACAAGCCGCUGUUCUACUUACACAUUAUACCUCUGCGGAAGAGCCCCAGGCUGGAAGCUUGUGGGUCACAAGGGCCAUAGAGCACGCCGUGCUCAUCGAUGCUCAAUCAUCCUUGUUGGUAGAAAAUGUGGCAAUCUCGCUCAAGAAACGACUUUGGUGGUCUAUCCUUCUUCGUGACCGAAGCUUGUGUAUUGGCCUAAGCCGCCGUCCUCAGGUUACCUCAAUGAGCUUGCAUGGGUGGAGUGAUUGGCUGAGUACAGACGAUUUCAGUGAAGAGUUGUAUCAGUCUCAAGUCUACGACUAUGAUACCAAGAAGCGUUUACUGGAGGCACUUCAAAAGCAAUGUGAGCUAGCAGUGCUACUCACAGAUCUGGUGUCUUUGGCAUUCAAUCACGAAAAGACUCCAAGACGGCUUCUGUCUAUGAUUGAAUUUCAGGGCCUCUUGUCGGGUAUACAAAAUAUCAAAAAGUCCCUUGACGAGUGGAAAAUGCCAGACCAGCCUCUAAUUUCACCAACGAAAACAUCAACGUCGGAAGGCCUUGACCCAGUUGCGAUGUUGGCUUACAUGACGUAUAUGUACUACCACACGGCACGAGUGAAUCUAGCUCAGCAUGCGGCAUUUGUACUGGAAGAGAAUUUGUUCUACGCGGGAGAAACAUAUGACAAUCUGGUUCUAGAGAUCAGUAAUGACCUAAGGGAUGGGAUUCGGGGGUUAAGUCUUGUGAUGGAACAUUUCAGUAUCAAUGGAUAUGCUGAUAGUCUUCCCUUGAGUGUACUUGGAUACGUCAGCAUGCCACUCGUGCUGGCAGCUAUAGAUCUCAAGCUAUCCCCUUCUCAUAAAGAGAUGGAGGUAAGACAACGACGAUUGACCUCGCUGAGUCAAAUUAUCCGUCACUCGGAGACACUAUAUGAUGUCACUGAUCGCGUCGCUGUCGCGACCAACCAUAUCCUGCAGCUUGCCUAUGCGACAACACAGAAUCUGUUCUUUGAACAGAAACCACGUCAAUUACUCUCAUCUGACAACAUAAUGGCGAGAGAGAACUCUUUAUCCAGCAGCCGAUGUCCGGCUAGAGCCUCCAACAAAUCAAUGUUGCCCAAGCCCAACCGCCCAACGAGCUGGCAAGAUGCGUUCAUUCGGUGCCCGAGGGCAUAUCUUUUGAUAUCGAUGUCUGUGGACUAUACCAUGGCAACUGGCAGACUUCCAUCCGCUAGUAGUCUUCCUGAAAUCGUUCGUGAUCUUCCCGCGAUGGGCAUUAUUGGUCGACUUCCCUGGACAUCUGAUAUUCCGUUCACCGAAUCCACGAGCUCACUUGCAAGCCACAUGAACCAAAUACAGCAACAGAUGUACCCUGUGAGUGUGCGUUCGUCCUCCGUCAAAGGGAGAGAUGUCUUGAACCCCAUCGAUAUUGAGACCGAGUCGGAGAAGAGCCUUACCCCGCAAACGGUCCAAAUCAACUGUAACUCGUCACCAGAUGAGUUUUCCAAGUAUCCUGCAACACCUUCCUUCAUGUUAGAUAAGCAACUGCAAUACAUCAACAGAGUAGCGGAGCAAACAACUUACGAAAAUCACGAACCGAACCUGGAUUUCAUGGACUUUGGAGAUUGCCAGAGUGUAUCAAACAAUGCGACAGAAACUUGUGCAUUGAGGAUUCUACUGGGACUUAUCGGUCACGACUUGCCUGCCGAGAGCCUGUUGGAGCAACCCUAUGGUGCCACCUUACCCUAG